UGAGGCCGCGCCCGCCGCCAUGAUGGGUGUGGGCAGCCCUGACCGGCCCCGGUGCGGCGGGGGUCCCCCCGUCCCGUCCCGCCCCGUCCCGUCCCGAGGGAGCUGGCGGUGCUGCACGGCCACCACGUCCCCUUUGCAGCCUGGUGUGCCCGGCUGCUGCCAGAGCCCACUGCUGGCCUCCCGGGCUGGCACAGGCCGCCCAGGCACUCCCUCACACCCGCUGGGGGCCCUGGGGCGGUGGGAGCGGGGUGCCCGCGGGCCGGGCUGCGGUGGCGUCCCUGUGGCGGGGGCAAUGACUUUGUGUCCCCGUGGUCACGGAGGGCUUGAGCCCCCCGAGCUCCCCGCAGCCACCACGGCCCAGCCACAGGCCGGCGCUGCCCCCAGAACCGGCCGCUCCAAGAAGGCCCCGGUGGAGUCAGCGGUGAGGGCUCCAGACGUGGACUCGCUGGGCUUUCAGGCCAUGGACCGCAACGUGCCGGGGCUGUCCCACGUCAUCCUGCAGAAGCUCAACAUGAAGAGCUAUGAGGACUACAAGUCUGCCAUGGAUGGGAGGAAGAGAGGCAGCGAUUUCGGCAUCCGGACGUAUUUUGACAUGUUCCAGAAAAUGGAGGACACCUUCAAGUUUUGUGUUGAGUGCAAGAAGCUCCCUAAUGCCCUCCCGGACCCCAAAAGCCUCCGGCGUUGUAAAAGGUGCCAAAAUGUGUACUACUGCGGCGUGGCGUGCCAGCGCGCCAACUGGCCGCUGCACAAGAAGUUCUGCAAGAAGCUGAAGCUGGUGGCCCUGGACCGGCUGGUGGAGUGGCUUGUCUUCACAGGAGACAUCCCGUUUCCCACGGACACCUGGACAAAACCUGCCCGGGACGUGAAGGGCUGGGAGGACUGGUUCUCCAUGCAGGAGCAGCUGGAGGAGAAGCUGGGUGCCAUCGUGGCCGGGCGGUACAUGACCCUGCUGUGGGCCAACGCCGGGAAGCCGCGGCCGGAGGACGCGGAGCUGCGGGAAUCCAUCCGGCGCCUGGUCACCGACUUCCACUCGCGGCCGCUCACCAUCGGCCUGGGACUGCGGCUUUUUGGCAUCGACCCUCUCACCAGGCCCCUCACCGUGCACGUGGUGGGGGCUUCCCACGUGGAGACCCUCAACACGCGGCUGACGGACUACGACGAGCUGACACGGAUGUUCCCGGGGCACCAGGGCGUGGAGAUGGUGAUGGUGGGGGUGGACGUGGUGGACGGACCCAUCAUGAGGCCACCCCUGACCACGCUGGCACCCCGGGGAAAAGUCUAUCUCAGCAGCUACAAGGGGCUCUACCACGAUUUCUGGGAAAGCCAAGUGGAGACCAAGCUGGCCGCCCCUCCUGACCUGGUGGUGGGCUUUCACCCGGGUUUCCAUGCCUGCCCAGACCUGCUGGCGGGCUGGCUGCCCACCCUGCUGCUGCUGCGGGACUAUCGCCUGCCCGUGCUCUUCACUGUGUACAGUGAGCAGGAGCUGAAGGCCUCCCUGCAGAUCCUUGUGGAGCUCGAGACACACAUUGUGGGUUAUGCCAGCAACCCCUUUGCCUCACUGCGGCCCGAGCAGGUCUACUCCAGCCCCAACAAGCCGCCCGUCUACUGCAGCUCCCACUACAUCGCCCUGCUGGGAGCAGAGGCUGUGCCGGGGGCUGAGGAGCUGGAGGAUGAUGAUGGCUGGCAGGGAGGAGAGCCCAGUGCUGCUGCUGUGGCUGGGGGCACUGCCCCAGGGCUGGGCUGAUUCCUGCCUGCCCUGACCGUGCGACCUCCAUAGCCUCCAAAGCCUCGCUGCCCAUCCAGGACCCCAUCCUGGGAUCAACGAUCCAGAAAUGCCUCACUGCACACAUGGAGGCCUGGGGGAUGCAGCACCCCAGCACAGCCAUGGCACCCUUUCACAGCAUCAAAUAAGUCACUCUCAGCAGCCA